CUGUCCUUGAGAAUGAAUUCUAAAAUAAGAAAGGUGAUAUUAAACCGGCCAACCAAACUAAACAGUAUCAAUUAUAAAAUGAUUUUACAAUUAUUGAAGAACUUAAAAGAAUUUGAGGAUGAUCCUAAUGUUAACCUUGUGAUGAUUAAGGGAAACGGAAAAGCAUUUUCAGCUGGUGCUGAUGUUGUAUCUCUUCUAGGAUUAGCAACUGCAGCAAAAUAUUACUACAAGCUUUUAACAUUACUUCACUUAAUCGCCACGUAUAAGAAGCCCCUGGUAACCCUUGUGAAUGGAUUGGCAAUGGGAGGAGGUGCGGCAAUGUCUACAUUUGCAACAUUUCAAAUUGUUACUGAGAAUACUAUAUUUUCAAUGCCAGAGAUAUCAAUGGGACUUGUUCCAAAUGUGGGUGCCGGUUAUUUCUUGUCUAGGCUUCCAGGUUACUUUGGUGAAUACUUGGGAUUUACGGGAGCUAGAAUAGAUGGGGCUGAUAUGAUUGCAUGCGGUCUUGCAACUCAUUUUGUUCAUUCCAAGGAUCUUGUUCUUAUGGAGAGUGAAUUGGAGGAGGUAGCCGACAUCUCAAAAAUUAACGAGACUAUUAAUAAAUAUGCUCUUACACCUUCCUUAAAACAAGACAGUCCACUAAAGAAGUGAGAAUCCUUUCCUCUUAAUUACUUAUUAAUUAGUUAUAAACAAAAUUAUUUGAAAUAAUAGUCAUUUAUUAAU